AUGGCUCAAUUAUCCCCGGAGUUACACAAGAAGUAUGGUGACACCGUUCGUAUCGGCCCCAAUGAAUUGUGGUUUAACACGACGGAAGCAUUUGAUAAGAUCUACAGCACCGGUAAAGGCUUCGAGAAAUCCGACUUCUACUUGGCAACGGCGUUGACCAGGCCGAGCAUUGAUUGGCGAUUCAACGCAAAUUUUGAGGAUACUCUAGAUCUCCUGUCCGAGAGAGAGAUGAAGCGAUAUCGUUUGCAGAGACGCUUGAUUGGUCGCGUAUACAGCGUCGCAAAUGUCGCGAAGUACGAAGACGCUAUUGCGGCAACACUUGACAACGUGGUCAAGCGACUAACCGAGCUCGAGGGCCAAGAGCUUGAUCUAAAAGAAUGGAUGCACAUCAUCACAGUCGAGUGUCUUGGAGCCGCCGUGCUAUCAUGGUCACCCGGUUUGCUUCGCGAUGGUACGGAUUGGGGGACACUAUCACACAGCUUUCAAGGCUGGCGAAGAAAGUGCUUGUUUGGCGUGUUUCCAACGAUGAAGAAGCUGGAACAGUUGUCACCAAACUUGGGCAAAGCAUUUGCGUCCCUCUGGGGCGUAGCAUACCGGACUCCAGCCAAUUUCAAGUCCUUCUUCCCUGCCGUUCUCCGGAAUGUAGUUCGUCGACUGACAGCCUCUUUGAGGCCAAAUCCGCCCAAGGACAAAAGAGUGGACUUGUUAAACGACCUAGUCCAGCUUCAUAAGGACAAACCCGAGUUCAGCCAGCUUUACCUUCGGAAAAUGGCCGUGACCAACUUCGGAGCAGGCCACGAAACCAUGGCAUCGACCCUUACAGCAUCCGUGGCAAUGAUUGCCUCUCACAUGGAUGUUCAAAAACAAAUUGCCUUGGAACUACGCACAGCUGAAGGAAAAGGCGCAUUCGUAUAUGCCACGAGUAACCGAUUCCCAUACACAAAAGCUGCGAUUCGCGAAGCCAUGCGCCUGUACCCCGUGGUGCCUAUGGCGCUUCCCCGCAACACACCACCUACAGGGCUGCAUGUUCAUGGAUUGAGUGUGCCUCCAAAUACCACCGUUGGCUGUAGUGCCGCAGCGUUGCACCGCAAGGAGGAUAUAUUUGGCGCCGAACCUGAAGUAUAUAAUCCCGAACGAUGGAUCUGCGCCGAUAUGGGUGUGGAGAACGCAGCAACAACGCUCCGCAUGAUGGAAAAGUAUAGCUUAAACUGGGGAGGCGGUUCUCGAAGCUGUCCUGGGCGAAACUUGGCGGAGCUGGUGGUGUUCAAGGUGAUUGCCACCCUCUUUGACAGGUUUGAGGUGGAGGUGGCAAUCCCCCCAGAUGCAGACAAGGAGGCUUACUUUCUUUUCGUCCUGUCGGGAGUCAAAGUGAAAUUUAGUCCCAGAAAGGAGUAA